AUGGCAACCCCGUUACACACUAAAGGACUACGAAUUGUCACCUGGAAUGUUAAUGGCAUUCGCACUCCAUUCGCCACGAGACCAGGAACUGACACACCACCUUUUGGAACGAUUGAAGACCUUCUCAAGGAACUCAAAGCUGACGUUGUCGUCCUCACACAAACGGAGUGGCAAAGGCAGGAUGUCACUCCAGACAUGGCCACCAUCGACGGCUGGGAUAGUUUCUGGACCUUUCCCGUGUGUCCACGAGGCCAUUGUGGAGUGGUGGUAUACACCAGGAUAGCGACGUGCUGCCCGAUCAGGGUGGAAGAAGGUCUCACUGGUGUCCUUCCUUCCCGCAACAGCAGAGUCUCCUACCGCGAUCUGCCCGAACCUCAGCCUAUCGGGGGCUAUCUUACCGAUCAAGACCCCCAAGCCCUGGGCCUCUCUCAUGACCUCGCGACCCUCGACGCCGAAGGGAGAUGUGUCGUACUCGAAUUCCCAGCCUGUAUCUUGGUCGCCGUCUACUGUCCCGGGCGCGCAUCACGGACCCUCCGAAGGUUGUACCGGAGCGACUUCAUGUGGGCACUCCGGAAGAGAAUCGACAACCUGAUUAGCAUGGGCAAGAGUGUGGUCUUGGCCGGCAACUUCAACGUUGCGCGACAACCUAUCGACACGUCCGAAUACGAAGAGAGUCUGGUGCGUCUGCGACUCACUCCGCAGGCGUGGAUGAACCUUCCACACCGAAGGGCCUUGAACGAGAUGGUGCUGCCGGAACCCCAGAGGGGAACGCAUAUGGGUCCCAUCCCGACCAUGGUCGACCUGUGUCGUCAUUUCAACGUGCGUCGUCGAGGCAUGUUUACGUGCUGGGACUCGCGCAUCGACGGUCGUUCGAAGAAGCUCGGCGCCAGGACCGACUAUAUUUUCUCGUCCACCAACUUCUGCCAGUGGUUUUACAAUGCCGACAUCGUGUCAUGGCUCUCGGGCUCGGAUCAUUGCCCGGUAUAUGCCGAUCUCCUGGCCGAGUUGGAGGUCGACGGUCCCGGAAUCAAGCCAAAUCUUCGGGAUAUCAUGAACCCCCCUGCCAUGUUCCAAGGCGGACAACGCAGAUUCUUAUGGGCCGAGACAUGCCUGCUGGCCAUGUCUGCCUGGACGUACCCCGAACUCGGUCGACAACCGACCAUUGCCAAGAUGCUGUCCUCGUCUCCCGCGUCUACUGCGUCUAAAGGACUUCCUCCGCCAACCGCAGUCAAUGCGGAGGACUCAUAUUUCCAGUUCAUGCCGCCAUCACGACCACUCCGGCGCGAACCAGACCCAGGGCAUCCGCCGCUGUCACAGCAAGCAGCGGCGUCAUCUUCGUCUUUGCCCUCGACUCGAGUUACAGCCGGCCCGUCAGGUUUACCAAGAAAAGCGCCGGCACCGGCCCCAUCAUCGGCUUCCUCUUCUUCUCUGCCUUCAAGUCGAGUUGUAGCCGGCCCGUCAGGUUCAUCCAAACGAGGGCUGCAGCCGGGCGCAAAGUUCUCAGAUCCUUGGGCCACUCCAUUUGAAUAUCAGAAGGCUGGACCUCCACAAAUGAGUCUGCCACCGUUCAAUCCGCCGUCUGCCUCUUCUUCUUCCUUUACUCCGGCUGUGUCGAACAAGUCGGAAUCAUCGUCCUCCUUGCCCUCUAACACGGGCCUCGCAGGGCCAUCGUCUUCACAGAGACCACCUGUGCAUCCAUCAUCGAUCGGAUCCUCGUACUCUACAGAGUUUUCGCAUGGCCAGUCGUCAUCAUCAUCAUCAACGGGACAGUUGAUGCCUCCUCCUCCACCACCUCCGCAGGGACCGCGAGACGACAUACUACCACCACUAUCAGAGCUGCUAAGAGUACCACAGCAGCCACAAUCCAACACUCUGCCUCCGCUGUCAGUAUUGCAGGGAGUACCGACACAGUCAUCCUACAACCUACCGCCCCAGGUGGCGUCACAGUUGAUGCCUCCUCCGCCUCCGCCAAGACGACUCGAGAACACACUACCGCCACUUCUCUCGCCGCAAAAAGUAUCGCGACAGUCACAAUCUGACACUUUGCCUCCGCCGGCAUCACCGCAUGGAGCACCGCUGCAGCCACCAAAUAACACUCUGCCUCCACCAUCAACAACUCAGGGAAUACCGCAGCAGUCAUAUAACACCUUGCCACCCCAGUUGCCGUCACAGAUGAUGCCACCUCCACCACGGCCUGUCACUCUACCACUAAGGCCUGACACUCUCCCGUCUCAGGCAUCGUCACAGAUGAUGCCACCUCCACCGCGGCCCGGCACUCUACCACCUCAACCAUCCUCACAAAUGAUGCCGCCUCCGUCACGUUCCCGCACUAUACCACCCCCACCGUCGUCAGGCAAAAUUUCGGAGCAGCCAUCAUCCUCGCAAAGAAUUCCGUCGCAACAGUCAUCAUCAUCGUCACAGAGAAUCCCGCCGCAACCAUCAGAGUCGCCAUUUAUACAUCAACCACCGCGAUCUUCUCCUCCAGCGGUCUGGCAGAGACCUGACUGGGCCCCAGCACCUAUGGCUCCAUUCAACUAUCUCAGGCGGACUUCACAAAAUCUACCACCUCCUGCUCCACCUGAUUACCUCCGGUCAUGGUCUGACGACGCAAAGACGCUGCCCCGUGCUCCAUUUACAUUCUGCCAACCAGUUCAUCGUAUGGUUCAAAUGAAGGAAAGCCUUUCUCGAAUAAUGAAAUAUUACAGAUUGAGAAAAGAAGCCGAAGAACUUGCCGCCAAAUUCAAUGCCAAGUUUGGCAGACCAUCCACGGCUCCAGGUGUAAAGCACGGAAAGAUUAUUGAUGUUGAUGAGAUACUCGGAGAUGCUUUUGAUUUUACUGUUCCAGUUCCCAACCCAUAUCCAGCAGAACAAUCACCAUCAUCCUCACGAGCAGGGCCAUCAUCAUCCCACCCAUCAUCGUCCCAACCAGGACCAUCAUCAUCCCAACCAGGACCCUCAUCAUCCCAACCGGGACCAUCAUCAUCCUCAGGAGCAGGACCAUCAUCAUCCUCAGGAGCAGGACCAUCAUCAUCCUCAGGAGCAGGCCCAUCAUCAUCCUCAUCAUCACAAGCAGGAACAUCCUCGUCCCAGUCAGGACCAACAGGCCCGUCACUCCAUCGCUCACAAUCACAUCCAAAUCUCACAACACCUCCAUCUCAAGCGACAUACGGACCCUGGGACGAUGAGAUGGUGUGGGAGCUCCAGGCCAAUAUCGCAGCACUGGCGGAUUCCACCAAGCGCAAGCAUUCCCCACAAACUGAAAGUUCACGUGGAACCAAGAAAUCCAAACGAAUCCCUACAGCAGCAGAGGGUGACGAGCCGAUGGAUCAGGGCCAAUCAGCUCGUGCACCAGCCCAACCCACCACGAUCGGGAUAACACCAAGACCAGAUAAGGGCAAGGGCAAGGAAAGAGCUGAUCCUCCUCCAAUAUUGGCACCUAGACCUCAACGCGGCCCGUCAUCCCUUUCCGACAUGGUAUUCAACCCGGACACAUGGUCAUCCACACCAUCGGAGCCACCCAUGCAAUGGGAGACAACAAGGCCAGACAAGGGCAAAGGGAAGGCACGAGCUGAUCCACCUUCAAUGCUCGCGCCUGCGCCGACACGUGGCCGGUCAUCCAUAUUCGAUAUACUCAACCCUGGUACAUCGUCACCUCCCCCGUCGCAGCUACCUGUGCUAGGGAAUACAACAAGAUCAGAGAAGAGCAAGGGCAAGGCACGAGCUGAUCCCCCGCAACUAUUCGCACCUAGACCUCAACGCGGCCUUUCAUCGUUGUUCAGCAUACUGUUCAACCCUGAGACAUCGUCAUCUACGCCAUCGGAGCCACCCAUGACAGAAAAGGCAACAGGACCAGACAAAGGAAAAAGAAGGGAGUUUAUCGAUCCAUUUUCGGGGGCCAAACUCGGGCCUCCUCCUGACAUGUUGACCCUUCUCGCAAAGUCAGUAGCUAGGCUACUCGACGAUGACCCCACCAAGUGGCCACCAUUACCAAAGCAGAGGGGUCCCCCUCCGCCUCCAGGCUUUUAUACCAACUGUAUGCCAGGCCUAUCAUAA